AGGCAGGGCUGUCCCCGCGCGAGUGCGGCGGACUCGGCGAAGAGGGCUGGCGCGAGGCGCUGGCUAAGGCUAGCGGGGAGGUGAGUGAGCAGACCAGCUUGGAAGCGGCCGGGAGCAGCACCCCUGGCACCGCCUGCGGCCCUUUGCCUGCGGGAGGGAGAAGGAAGAAGCCGGAUUGCCCGCGCUCUCGAGGUGCCUGCAGAACAACUUGUUUACUUAACAGCUGCGCCGGGACAGGGAAGGACUCGGCCAACAUGCUGCCAGAGAAAGACUCUAAAAAGCUAGGAGAGAAGGACCCCAAGGAAGACCCAUCCGUCAAUCUUUUCCGGGAGUACUUGAGAAUCAAGACUGUCCAACCAGAGCCUGAUUAUGAUUCAGCAGUGAAAUUCCUGGAGAGAAUAGCUUCUGAACUUGGCCUGCCAUGUCAGAAAGUAGAGGUUUGUCCUGGCCGUGUGAUCACCAUUCUGACCUGGAAAGGCACAAACCCACAGCUGUCUUCCAUCUUGCUGAAUUCCCAUACAGAUGUUGUGCCUGUGUUUGAGGAGUACUGGCGUUAUGACCCCUUUGCAGCUUUCAAGGAUUCUGAUGGAAACAUCUAUGCACGUGGAUCUCAGGAUAUGAAAUGUGUUUCCAUUCAGUACAUAGAGGCCAUCCGGAGGCUGAAAGCUGAAGGGAGACAUUUCCCACGAACAAUUCAUAUGAGCUUUGUCCCAGAUGAAGAGAUUGGGGGCCAUAAAGGGAUGGAAAUGUUUGUGAAACGACCAGAGUUCACGGCUCUUAAUGUUGGCUUUGCCUUGGAUGAAGGCCUGGCGAACCCAUCUGACACCUUUACUGUAUUCUAUGGUGAAAAAUGCCCAUGGUGGAUUAAAGUAAAAGUAGAGGGAAACCCCGGACAUGGAUCUAGAUUCAUUGAGGACACAGCUGCCGAAAAGCUGCACAGAGUGAUCACUUCCUUCCUAGAGUUCAGAGAGCGUGAGAAACAAAGGUUGAAAUCCGAGAAGCACCUUACCUUGGGCGAUGUAACCUCCCUUAACCUAACCAUGUUGAAUGGGGGCAUCUCCUUCAAUGUGGUCCCUUCCGAGAUGUCUGCUGCCUUUGACAUCCGCUUACCACCCACGGUGGAUUUAAAGGCAUUUGAAGAGCAGCUCACAGCCUGGUGCCGGGCAGCUGGGGAAGGUGUUACCUAUGAGUUCCACCAGAAAUACACAGAUCAGUCGAUGACCUCCACAGAGGAGUCUGACCCCUGGUGGAAAGUGUUCAGUGGCACCUGCGGGGACAUGAACAUUAAAUUGAAGUGUGAGAUCUUUCCGGCUGCCACAGACAGUCGCUAUAUCAGAGCGGCAGGCCACCCAGCCAUUGGCUUCUCCCCCAUGAACCACACUCCUAUACUGCUGCAUGACCACAACGAAUUCCUGAAUGAGCAGGUCUUCCUUCGUGGGAUCGAGAUCUAUGCCCGCCUCAUUCCAGCGCUGGCUAGUGUCCCCCCUUUACAAACAGAGGCCUGAACGAAGGUUAUAAGUGAAAGGCAGCCAUCUGAAGGAAACAGGCAUAGAAACCAAAGAGAGAGAGAGACAGUUGAAAAUUUAUAUUCAUUCCUGUCGUGACACAGGACCCUCCUGGGAGGUGUACACCUUAGAUGUUGUGGUUGAGAACUGGUGUCUUGCUUAGGUCUGCUGGUAUCCCAGGACAAACUGUGGAACUCCAGCAUUCCUGAAUGGUCCCACCAGGGGCAAGGAAUAUUUAAAAUAGAUAUUUACACUGACACAGCUGAAGCCAGGUUCUUUAGGUGACCAUGACUCUUUUCUCGUUCCUUACUGAAAUACUUGUACUAAGUAUCCUUAUUUUCCAGUUCCUGGACUAGUGCUCAGUAUCUAAGCUUUUUCGUUGACACCUGCUUGUUUCACAGAAUCCUGCUGGCUCCCGAUUCUUACCAUAGAUUGCCCUCCAUUGGGGUUGGCCACACCCCUAAUUGCAGAGUUGUUCCAUUCUGCCAUGUGACCCUCAUAGAAAAGCAUCAAUUCCCCAGCUGCUAGACCCAAAAGAAAGGCAACAGGAGUAGCCAGAUAAACCUUAACCUGUAGGCGUAACUGUGCUUUCUUCUCUACUGGGGCACCUCUUGUUGACUCUUAGCUGCUUUGGUGGCUUUUGCUGUUGGCCUGCAUACCAAGUUCUGCAGUCCAAGAUCAAGUUGAAACUUUGUGGAGGGUCCAGGCAUCACAGGAGAGUGUUAAAUUUAGCUCUACUGUCCAUAUGCCUUAUGGUUUUGGACAAAUCACUUCACCUUUUUGUUAGAUUUGAGCUCAGUAGUAUCUUAAAAACCAGCUGGAUUUUUUGGGGUAUAAGCUUUUGAGAGUCAACGUUCCCUUUGUCAGAUAUCUGAUGAAGGGAGCUUUGACACUCAAAAGCUUAUGCCUCCAAAAUCUUGUUGGUCUCUAAGGUGCUACUGGACUCAGAUCUAGUUCUACUGCAAACCAGCAUGGCUACCCUCUGACACUUUUCUUUUUAUGUGUCAGAUUUUCCAUUGGUAGAGGUACAUGAAUGAUGAAACUACUCCCUGAUUAGUGAAGAUCCCCCAGUGGAAGAUGGUGUUUCUAAAAGGGGUUGGGAGUGAAAUCUAAUACAUAAGUGACUCAGGGCUAUAUAGAAAAUGGCAAAUCCUCGAGAGGGAAGGGAUAUCAUAUUUAAUGUGGCCAUUACAUUUGUACUAUUCUCCCCACCCGCCCCUGCCUACAGCAGAAAGCUGUGAAUUUCUGCUUUCUUGGGAGUCAACAGCACAGUUACUGGCUGCGUCACACUGCCUUAAGUUUCUAUAUUAAAUUGCUGUCUUAACAAAUGCCAAGCAGGAUGAAUGAGUUGGAUGAACGAACUUUGCACGCACGAGCCAAUGAAUUGAACAUCUGAAUGUCCAGCAUUGUGAGUGAGUUGUUUUCCGUUUGGGGUAAGGAAGAGGUUUGUGUGUGUAUAGCUAUCCCAUCAAACAUUUGGAGGAGGUAUGCCUUCCUUUUCCCAAUGCACUGUUGGUUAAGGAUCAUUGCUGAAUAGGCAGCAUACUGCUGGAGUCAGUGACUUCCAUCAUGGUGUUAUUUGACCAUCAUUGCAUUUGACUUCCAUCAGAAGAAAACAUGUGCAUCCUAAUCCUUGCAUUGGAUGACCAGGUAGCUUGGAAGGCUCAGCAGGGGUAUGGAGUAACGCCUCCACUAGGUGCUGUUACCUCUACUCCAACAACAGCUAACUAGAGGUGUAUUGCCUUUGAACUUACAAGUCCUAUUCAGCCAUGAUGACUAAUAAUCACCGAUGGAUCUGUCUUCAAGACAUUGCCUAACCCCAGUUAUAGCCAUCUAAGUUACUGGCCAUCAUAACAGCAAGUUAUUAUGUGUAGAAGAAUUUUCUUAUGUCAAGCUUAUCUACUAUCUGGAAUUCUAUAAGUGGAAGCCUCUGCCUUUCCAAAGCCGGAGGCAAACUCUUGAACUGUACAAAAUGAAAGAAAUUUGUUGGAAGACUGACCUCAUUCCUGGGCUUAGCAUCUAAGAGUGGAAGAGGCUGACUUGAUUGCAAAGAUUACCCUUGCACAGUAGUGGGGGGUGAAUGUGUGUGGUGGGAGAUGAAGAGGAAAAGAUGCUCCGUUUUGGCCAAUGACAUCACCAUUAACCAAACUUAGAAAGAAUUUCUCAUGUGGUGUGCCUGUGUUCCCCUACCCCAUGGAUAGUAUGAAUGGUUUCUGAUUUAAUUUUGCUUUCAGAAUGUCUGCCAGAGCCUCCAGCUCUUUUGUCUGCCUCCACGGUGUCUGUGACUUCACUAAAUAAAAUUGUUCAUUUGGAAUGAAAA